AUGGCGUCGCAUGAUCCACAACCAAGUACCAGGCAGCAUGAUUUUGGUAAUGAUAAUUUUAAACAUACCCAAUUGGAUACAACGCGCAACUCAAUACGCCUGUUGAGGAUACUGCCUGAUCUCUCCAGCACGGGUCUUAUACAAUGCAAGAUAUGGCACACCACUACCGACGCCGAAUACACCUGCUUGUCGUAUGUCUGGGGCACUGAGCAGAAUCAACAAAUAAUUUGCAUAAAUGAAAAAAGAUUCUCCUGCCGUAAAAACCUUUGGGACUUCCUCAAUGUGGCUCGCAUCAAUCAUGCCGGCGACUUGAAAGCCGUAUGGAUUGACGCAUUCUGCAUCGAUCAAGACAACGUCACCGAGAGAAAUCAUCAAGUUAGCCUGAUGGGUGACAUUUAUGCCCGGGCAACUAAUGUCAUUGCUUGGUUGGGACGCGAUCAAGGAGCUGUCGAGUUCUUUAUCUUCUUGAAACGCCUUGCAGCAGAACAACUUCAUUCCGAGAAAGAUGCCCGUCGAAUAUGGUUCCGUGAAGUAACCAAAAGUCUGCAACGCAGCUAUCUGAGUUUUGAGUCAAAUGAGUACUGGACACGGGCCUGGAUUACACAGGAAAUUCUUCAGCCACAAGAACUUUCGAUUCUGGUUAACGAUACACAAAUUCGCCGAUCAGAAUUCAAAGCCUUGGUAAUUCUGUUACCAACACUGCAAUUGACCGUCUCCAGGCCUGAGAGCAGGGCGUUUGAUGAAUUCUUCAGAAAAGCGGGUCGAUGUUUCGAGAUCUACCUCCGUGCAAUGGCUGGGCAUGGGCUGUGUUACCGAAGGGAAGCUAGGUGUUUUGAACCACUUGAAAAGAGGCUUCUUGACCUGCUCUUCUACCUUGGAUCCCGGAAAUGUCAACACACACGCGAUCGAGUGUACUCUCUUCUUGCAAUCGCAGAAGACGCUGCUCAUCUCCGAGUAAGCUAUGGCAUAUCAGAGUAUUCGUUUAUCUUGUUACUUCUGCAUUCUUACAACCCUUCCAUGUGUCUAUGCUCCCUCGCACGGCUUUCGGAUGUGCUUGACUGCGUAGGGCCUUUCACCAGCUCCGCACCGCAGGCUUUUUGUGUUCAGUUGUCUCUGAAAGCUUCCGAGCCGUAUGUUAGAGAAGCGUCUACGAUCUCAGAGAGGCUAGUGCGAUGCGAAUGUUGGCAUGAGAUCCUCUUUGACGUUGACAAAGAGCUCGUGUUUUGUCUAACCGAAAUAUGUGGGUUUAUUUUGAAUGAAGGUCACCUCAUCAUUCCGAAGAAUAUGGAGACAAGUCGGAACAGAACAAUAUCUACAGUGAAACUCGUCACUCGAAAUUGGAAGCCGAGUUCGAAGCAUCGGUCACUCCAUGUAUACCCUGUGGAUAUAUUGUAUUUUGGGCCUGAGGUGAGAGCGGCAGAUCAUUCGAAUUUGGGGCUCAUAGAGCCACGUUCCUAUCUGAUUGUUCUUCCUUUCGAAUCUUUGGUCGAAAUAUCCCAGAAAAUGGUACACCCUACAAGACCUCAGUGCAAUAAGCCUGAGGACUUGCAGGGCGGUUUCGCUUUUGAGCUCAAAAAUGGGUUUGAUGCGAGCAAGUUGGGUCGAAGGGUCUUGGCCAAUUGA